AAUAUUCAAUCAUUGUCCACGGUCGCAGUGUUCUUAAUAAUUCGGAAGCCAGUUCAACGACAGUUCAGCAGAACGAAAUUUGAGAUGGGUUAUCUUAGUCUGUGGUUUGUUUGGGUCAUCUGUCAUCGCAAAAUGAUGCAAAAUGAUUUGGGGUGGUUUCGCGGAAAUAAUCGGGCGCAUUGCGAGCGACAAUCACGUUAGAUUGUCGUGUUGCGCCAUCGUUUCGCUUUGUUUGAUUUCGAGCGCUUUUUUCAGUCCGCUGUCCGGGAUUCUAGUUUUCUCGUCUUAUGCGCUGGGCUACGCGGUUUCCUACGCGAUCGUCGAGUAUCAGGACGUGUUAUCAUGGUACACGGAGAAGCUGAUUACGUUCUACAACGCCAAAUUUUUGGCGAGAAAGACUUUAAGGCACUCGUGCAGCGUGUGCGACGAUUUAACGUGCAAGCGGCACCGGGCGGGCAAAAACGCAAUGCCCUGGAAAAAUUUACGCAUCAGCGGCGAUUUGAACACGGCCGUGCAACACCUCUACGAACGGAUCCUGGACGACUUCGUCGCGUCCUGGUACCAACAGUUCACGGACAACGUGGACUUUUUGAAUGAAUUACGUCACUGCCUGCGCUACGCAAGCGCCAACGUCAUCAACCGAUUAUUGAGCACGGACAUUGCCGAUGUAAUCGCGACCAAAUUGGCGCCGCAGGCGGUCAGACACGUUGACGACUACCUGUACAUGCAACAGAUCGCGAAACUGAAGCACGUCAGUUUCGACGAGGUGGUGGUCGAAUAUUUGGGCAAAAAUUUACACGUCGCCACUACCAACCGCGAAAGUGAGCUGGCGUAUUUGCGCGGCUUGAGCGCGGAAUUGCUCAAAUAUGUUCUGCCCGAGUCUUACGUCAAUUGCAGGAACUGCUGCGUUUUGCUGCGGGAGAUCGUCUCCGGCUGGGUUUUGCUGCCCAUGAUGGACGUGCUGGCGGACCCGAACGCGAUCAACGCACUGGUAAUUUUGGCGGCAAAUUAUAAAUCGCAGAGGGGCGGGUUCGCGUCGCCGCCGGGAAAACCGGUAGAAUUUUUGGAAAAUUUCGUGCGAUUCGACGCUACCAAAAGGUCUCCGUUUUCCGUGAGCCUCGGCAAGAUCAAAAACAGUACCGACCUCCUUUACGCGUUCAUGCAGUUCCUCAAAAAACACGACCAAGUGCACCUACUCCAGUUCUGCAUGGACGUCGACGACUUCAACAACAAACUACUGACGCCCGAUCUCUCCAAGAAGGAGCUCGAAGCGCUGCACCGCCAGGCGGCGCACCUCUUCAAAGAGUACCUUGACCCGGACGGCCUCAACUUUGUGGGCUGCCCGACGGACAUUUGCGUCGAGUACAGCGACCUAAUCAAAGAUAUAUACAGCGUGGCGCAAUUGAGGACGUCGAAACCGCUCUUCCAGGCGUACGAUUUCGCGUUCAACGAACUCGAAACCGUGUGGCUGCCUCAAUUUUUCCACUGCAACGAGUUUUACAACUGCAUCUGCGGAUCGAAAGUGACGGCGACGUACAAGAAGACGCCCGCCAAGUCUUCGGGCGGCGUCGGCUCGCCCGCGAAGGACAAGAACAGGAAGUACCUCGAGCAUACGACAUACGGGGCAGUUUCGAAACUGAGUAGUGGCAUCGGCAAGAUCAGGGGGGUGUUAAAAACUGCUCAGACCUUGGACGGCGCCGUGGAGCCGUCCGAGACUCGGGACGACGGUUCCGUUGCCGAGGACGUUGCCUUGGGCGAGAAUUUGAUCCGAGACUUGAACUCGUGGAGGGUGACCAUCCCGUCGUACCAGACCAUCCCCGCGACGAAGAUCACAUAUUUCUGUGUCAGCGUGCAAAAGUCGGGCGACGUCGCCGACGGUUGGAUCGUGUGGCGUCGCGACCAAGACUUCUACACGCUGAAAGCGAAACUGGUGGAGUUCCACGGGGAGACGGAGAUCUGCGAGUCGCCGCUGCCCUCGAGGAAGGCCGGCUCGGCCGUCGAGUCCCGGAUGCUCAAGUACGAGCGAUUCGUCGCCGGAUUGCUGGGCAAACGUAGCCUCAGGGGUAGCGACCUGCUUUACACGUUCCUCACCGCAGAGGAGGAUUUUUCGGCAACUAUUGCGACGCUAGCGCCCUCCGCGCAGGAUAUCGGCAACAUUUACCAGUCGGUCGCGCAGAGGCUGCGCAAAGAGAAGGGUCAAAACUUGGAGGCGUUCGUGGCGACGUUCGUGGGCUCCGUGACCAGGCAAAAUCCCAACAAGGUGGAUGUCGCGGAAGACGGCUCCGAGCUCGACGCCGGCCGUCCCGACGCCCUGCCGCGGACGUACGUGAGUCGCGCGUUCGGCGACAACUUCGGGCUGGGGCGCGGCCCCAGCAACGAGCCGUCCUGCAGCUCCGUCAACCCGGUCGCGUUCACCGAGUGCCUAUUUUAUUUACUGCGUAACAUCUUCAAAGUGCCGACUGGCGCAUUGAAAAUAUACGUGGCGGUUUGCGCCGUCGCCCAGCCCGUCGUCGAUUUCGUCGUCAAACUACUGAUCGAUCGAAAAGUCAGGUCCGGACUCAGCCAGGCUAACCUCGCGGUCCUCGUCGGCCUGCUCGAAGAGGUUAUAUUCGACGGUGCGCGCGCGCCUCUGACCGCAGAAGAGGCGGAGCUUAGGAAAAAAACGGCAUUCCGCGACGUGAAAUUUUGCCCCGGGUUUUUGGACCGCGUCUCGGGCGGCGAAGUCAACCGGGGUCUCGCCGCUCUGCUCGAGGUGCUCCAAGAGCCCCACUACAACAAGCAGCUCGCGUACAACUUGCUGGACAUCGUCGUCGUCGAGGUGUUUUCCGAGCUGGCGCAGUAGGCCGCGUCCCGAUUUUUUUUUUGUUUCAAUAAAUGCUCUUU